AUGGUAAAUUCCACAACAACUUCUGCGACUAUUGAUUACUCCGAUCCCUCAUAUAUUUCUUCAUCUGAUGUUCCUGGAAUCUCAUUAGUUGGUGUACCUUUUUCGGGAACUGGCUUUGGGGGUUGGAGGAGGAAUAUGAUUGUUUCCUUGACUGCUAGAAACAAAAUAGGGUUUAUAGACGGUUCAUAUGCUCGACCUGCUGAAGGCACGUCUCGUGCUAGACUUUGGGAUAGGUGUAAUAACAUGGUCAUAUCUUGGUUGACCAGUUCUUUAUCCCAUGACAUAGCUGAAAGUUUACAAUAUUCCGAAACGGUUGAGAGUAUUUGGAUUCAGUUGAAUAAGAGGUAUGGUAUGGUUAGUGGAACUAAGUUGUUUGAACUUAAGAAGGAAUUAGCCUUGACUAAUCAGGGAUCUUUGGAUAUUGCGUCCUAUUUUAACAAACUUAAACGUUUAUGGGAUGAACUUCAUUUUAUUUCCACAAACCAUAUUAAUACCUGUACUUGUGCUGCUAAGGCUGGUCUUCAACAGGAGGAGGAGAAAAAUAAAGUUUAUCAAUUCCUUAUGGGUUUAAAUGAAGCCUAUGUUAGAGUUAGAAGUAACCUUCUCAUGGUACAACCUUUCCCAUUCCUUGACUAUGCCUACAAUAUGCUACUUCAGGAUGAAAGGCCUUUUAGGUCUCCCAAUCCAAAUUAUAAAGAAAAAAGAGUGGCUGCAUCUGCUGAUGUUCAUAAUUCCAUUCCUGAUAAUGGUCAUUCUUCAGACCAAGUUUCUCAUAUUUUGGAUGAUUUAUCCCUUGCUGGCUUAUCCAAGGAGUAG